AUGUCCUUUACUGAGUUUGUUGAAUGCAAGAUAUACAGAAAUGAGCGGUUAGUUGUAGGCUUGAGACAGCCUACUCUUGCUGGUAUGAAGUUCCACUUGAGCCACAAAUGGAGAUAUUCAGUUUGGGAGCAGCAAAGUGAUGAGGUUGACAUGAUGCAGCAUGAGGAAGAAUUUAUUGUAGUUGAGAAGUUACUUGGAGACAAUUCUCUUAUUACAUGGCUGGUUCUGAAGCUUGAAUUGAGGUUCAUUCUGAAGCUGGGUUUUAGACACAGUACGACGAUUUGGUUCAGCUCAGGACUGAACGUCAAGGCUCCUCAGUGGCUCACUGGUUUGAUUAAGCAGCUAGAGAUAACAUCUGAACAAUGCUAUAGGUUCUGUCCCGCCAAGUUCGAUGCUCAUGUCUCUGCAUAUGGAAGAGGAAUAGACACGCCAUAUGAUAUAAAUGAAGUAACAGAUCAAGGUUUGGCUCGACUCCUAUAUCAGCUUUCAAAGAUGGUGCUUUGGUGGUUGCUUCUCAUCUUUUACAAGAUGCUUUGGAGAUCCUCUGCUUAUCAAUAG